CUGGGGCUAGUUCCUCUGCCAGCAAUGCGGCCACUCCGCAGCAGUAGGUCCGUCGGUCCUCCUGCCACGUCUCGCCGCGCUCACCUGCCUCCCGCACCUGCCACCCGCACCUGUCGCCCAGCGCGCAGCAGCCCGGCCCGAGCAUGACGGAGCAGGCGCCCUUCGACACGGAUGUCAGCACGCUGACCCGCUUCGUCAUGGAGGAGGGCAGGAAGGCCCGCGGUACCGGCGAGAUGACCCAACUGCUCAACUCGCUCUGCACGGCGGUCAAAGCCAUCUCCUCGGCGGUGCGCAAGGCAGGCAUCGCGCACCUCUACGGCAUUGCUGGCUCCACCAACGUGACAGGUGAUCAAGUUAAGAAGCUGGAUGUCCUCUCCAAUGACCUGGUCAUAAACAUGUUAAAGUCAUCCUUUGCCACCUGUGUUCUUGUGUCGGAAGAAGAUAAACACGCCAUAAUAGUAGAGCCUGAGAAAAGGGGUAAAUAUGUGGUCUGUUUUGAUCCCCUUGAUGGAUCUUCCAACAUUGAUUGCCUUGUGUCCAUUGGAACCAUUUUUGGCAUCUAUAGAAAGAAAUCAACUGAUGAGCCUUCCGAGAAGGAUGCUCUGCAGCCAGGCAGGAACCUGGUGGCAGCUGGCUAUGCCCUGUAUGGCAGUGCCACCAUGCUGGUGCUUGCCAUGGAGUGUGGUGUCAACUGCUUCAUGCUGGACCCGGCCAUCGGAGAGUUCAUUCUGGUGGACAGGGAUGUGAAGAUCAAAAAGAAAGGCAACAUCUACAGCCUUAACGAAGGCUACGCCAAGGACUUUGACCCUGCCAUCACGGAGUACGUCCAGAGGAAAAAGUUCCCCCCAGAUAACUCGGCCCCCUAUGGCGCGCGGUACGUGGGCUCCAUGGUGGCCGAUGUUCACCGCACUCUGGUCUAUGGCGGGAUCUUUCUGUACCCCGCUAACAAGAAGAGACCCAAUGGAAAGCUGAGACUCCUGUAUGAAUGCAACCCCAUGGCCUUUGUCAUGGAGAAGGCGGGGGGAGUGGCCACCACCGGAAAGGAGGCUGUACUGGACAUCAUUCCCACUGACAUCCACCAGAGGGCGCCGGUCAUCCUGGGGUCUCCUGACGACGUGAGGGAGUUCCUGGAGAUUUACAAGAAGCACUCUGCCAAGUGAGGGGCGGGCCUCGCCCACUCCCAGCAGGAUUGCCUUUCAUCUGGACCUUUUAUCUCACAGGGCGCUCCCUGGUGCGGCUGUGCCUCCUGCAUUCGUAGACAGCAGACAUAAAAAGUGUGGCUACUUUCAUCAUCAAA